AGCGGGACGGCGCCGACGGGAACAGCACCAUCAUUGUGAGCCGCUCAGGAGAGGAUGAGUCACAGGAGGAUGUUCUGAUGGACGAGGCCCCCUCCAACCUCAGCCAGGCCUCCACCCUCCAGGCCAACCGGGAAGACUCCAUGAACAUCCUGGACCCUGAGGACGAGGAGGAGCACACGCAGGAGGAGGACAGCAGUGGCAGCAACGAGGACGAGGAUGACAGCCAGGACGAGGAAGAGGAGGAAGAGGAAGAGGAUGAGGAUGAUCAGGACGAUGAGGAGGGCGAGGAGGGGGAGGAGGAGGAGGAUGACGACGAUGGCUCGGAGAUGGAGCUGGACGAGGACUAUCCCGACAUGAACGCGUCGCCCCUCGUGCGCUUCGAGCGCUUCGACCGCGACGACGACCUGAUCAUCGAGUUCGACAACAUGUUCUCCAGCCCCA